AUGUCUAGUCAACAAUGUUGGAUGAUGGGUGAAACAGAUUUAUUCGCAUCACCAGAAUCGCCUGAUAAACAGUUUAUCAAAGACAUAAUCCACUGUAAUGCACUAUCAACAGCAACAAUGACACGCAUAGUAAUGCCGAAAAUGUUAACACAGAAAAUAUCCAAACCAGCCAUCAUCAACAUCGCCUCCUAUUCUGGUCUUAAUCUCUUCCCAUACCUUUCAAUGUAUGCUGCCACAAAAUCCUUUGUUAUUCAACUCUCCAAUUGUAUCUCUCAAGAAGAUUAUCCAAAGGACAUUAUGAUACAGACUGUUUGUCCAUUACUUGUAGCCACACCAAUGUCAAAGAUGGACAAGGCGACAUUGUUCAUACCAACUGCACAAACCUACGUGAAAAGUGCAUUAGAUAUGUUAGGUGUGGAAAAUCAAACCUACGGUUAUAUUUGUCAUGAUUUGAAAGCAUUUCUCUUCGAUCUUCUACCAAAACCAAUAUGGAUAAUACUAACAAAGGCUAGAGUGAAGUCAAUGCAAAAGUAUAGAGCUAGUAAAACAAACACUAUUGAGCAUUGA